AUGGAACAACAAAGAUAUCGUUUGUCGACUCCACCAAAAGGCUUCUACAGCAGCGAGUUUGAAGCCGUAGCUAGAGCUUUCAGAAGGAAUUUUGAAAAAGGCUUGGAAAGGGAAGGGGCACAUUUAACAAUUAUAAGGAAUGGAAAAGUUGUUAUGAAUUUGUGGAAUGGUUAUUCUGAUUCAGAUUCAUAUCGUCAGUGGGAUACUAGCACCAGGACAGUUUUAUUUUCAAUUACGAAGGCAGUCGCAGCGCUUUGCUUAGCAAUGCAAGUUGAUAGAGGUCGUUUGUCGUAUGAUGAGCAAGUAGUAAAAUAUUGGCCCGAAUAUGGACAAUAUGGAAAGCAUAUUACCACAAUUGAGGAUGUUCUGACUCAUAAAGCUGGACUCCCAUAUCUUGAAAACAUUACGAUGGCAGAUGUAGUAAGUGAAAGAAUGAUGAGGAUACUAGAAGAGGCAAAGCCUGUAUGGAAACCAGGCACUGCUACCGGGUAUCACGCUCUAACAUUUGGUUGGUUGUUAGAUGGCAUUUUUCGGAACGUUGAUGAAAAAGGACGAGACAUGAAGACAUUUCUUCGAGAAGAAAUUGCCCACAAAUAUGGUAUUGAUGUAAGUAUUGGCCUGGAUAAAGAAAAAUUUCACAGCUUGGCGCGAAUGACUCAACCGGGAUUACUUGAAUUUGGCCGAGAUUUGUUAAUAGACCCACGAAUGUUUUUCAUGCUUGCGAUAUUUGGUACACUGUCAGAUUCUAUUGUUGCAAAGAUUCGUACGUCAUGGCUUCCACUAAAUUUUGAUACAGUCCCUUUAAAUGAUCCAAACGUUGCUGAAUUGAACGUGGUAGCGAUGACGGGUAUCAGCGAUGCUUACAAUUUAGCAAAGUUAUUUUCAUUAGCAAUAGAUGGUACACUUCUCAGCAACCAAACCCUUGCUCUGCUAACUCAACCAACUCUGGAGAACUGGCAUAUAGAACGAAUUAUUUUGUAUCCCUUCGUCAAGGGUCGAGGAUUCUUCUUUGAAAAGCAUCCAAUCAACAAAAGAAGUUACUUGUUUGGUCAUCCAGGAUAUGGUUGCCAAGCACUUGAUGUCGACAUCGAAAAUAAGAUUGUUGUUGUGUAUCUAUCUAAUGGUUUUAAGACAGGAACUGGCAUAAUGUGUGCAACCUAUCAAUCAAUACUUCGAUCUCUUUACAGGACAUGA